AUGACCACAUCCAGUCAAGAAUCGCCUGCUCACCGGAGCAGCAAUAGCGUUGCCACCUCCAACGCUGCUUCGCCUCCUCACAACGCCACACUGACGCAAAGAAGCGAUUCACCACCACCAGAGAGGAAAGCCGAAUCAUCUCGCCCAGUCGGGAGUUCCUUCCUUUUCCCAUCUGGAGAGCGUGCCAAGUCGUGGCAAGAGGUCUACCUCUUCGAGCUGCUCGGCGAGCGUGGCGCUCAGAUGCAUGAGACUUCCGAAAAGGGUCAGAAUGUGCAGGUCAGCGACAUCGAGGAGGUCACCAAGGCACAAGAGCAGCAGCAGCGCGCUCACGACCACGCCGCCAUCCCCAAGACGCUCGGAUGGAAGGGAGCCUUCUUCAAUCAGGUCGCCUACGCUAUCGCUCUCGGAAUCCUCAGCAUCCCCAAGGUAGCGGUCUCGCUCGGCGUCGUUCCAUUCAUCCUGCUCACCUUCUUGUUCGCCUACAUCUGCUUCUACACUGGCAACCAGUACUGGAAGCUCAAGAUGCGUUUCCCGGGCUUGCACAAUCUUCAAGAUGCUGGCUACCUCAUGUUUGGGCCUUGGGGAGGACGAUUCCUGGGUAUCUCCCAGCUGAUCUUUUCCAUUUUCCUGCAGGGGAACCAUGUCUUGCUCGGCGGGCAGGCGUUCUACAUUCUUGGGUGGCACUCGUGUGCAAUUGUGCUUGCCUUUGUCUUUGCCGUCAUUUCCUUCGUCUUUACGCUCCCGCGCUCGUACAAGCUCUUCUCGAUCGCGGCCUUCGUGUCGUUCAGCUCGAUUCUAGUCGUCGUCUUCUUUGCCAUGAUCACCAGCGGUGUCACCGGUCCGCAAAACGCGCCCGCCAACGCGCCUCCCCUCAAAGUGGUGGCCUUUGGUCCCGCCCCCGGUGUCAAGGUCGACUUCCUCACCGGCUUUCUCUACGUGCUGAACCUCUUUAUCAGCUUCGGUGCCAUUCCUAGCUAUAUGCCAAUCAUCUCGGAGAUGCGCAAGCCCACCGACUUCCGCAAGAGUCUGUUCGUGCUGGUUGCCGUUCAGCUGGUUCUCUACCUGAUUGUCGGUGGAGUCAUUUAUCACAACCUCGGUCAGUACACGACUUCGCCAAGUCUCAACAGCCUGUCUUUCACUAUGAGUAAGAUCGCCUACGGUCUGGCGCUUCCCACCAUCCUCAUUGCUGGGUGCGAAAGUGGACAGGUCGCCAACAAACAUCUCUACCUGAUCGUUUUCCGCUCGCGCCCUCAGCAUAUCCACAAUUCCACCACGACGGGCUGGAUCGUCUGGGUUCUCAUCAACGCUGUCACUUGGGUACUCGCUUUCAUCCUUGCAGAGCUCAUUCCUUUCUUUAGCUCAUUCCUCGGUCUGGAGGCUGCGUUGUUCUGGUCGAUGUUCACCGGUCUCAGUGCUGUAAUGUGGUUGUACCUCAACCAAGGACGAUGGGUCGAGUCGUGGCGCAAGAUGGUGGGUCUUUCGAUUGCAUUGCUCAUCCUGGCUAUCUCGGCCGUCAUCUGUGUAGCAGGAGUAUGGGCCAGUGCCAUCUCCAUUCGUGACUCUUACAGCUCGGGCGCCGUGGGCAGCCCCUUCUCGUGCAGCUCUGCAUCGUAG